GCAAUCAUCCACAGCCUCUUGGGCUGGAUGAUCGUCGGAAGGGCCCUGCCAGGCGCAGAGGGGCCCUGCCGCCCUGCUCCCGCCCCUGGCUCCGACCUCGCCUCCACCUCCGGGACCGGUGAGCGAGCGCUGCCUCUCCGGCGAUGAUCAGAGUUUGUGGCUGAGAGCGGGAACAAACUCUCCGGGGCAAGUUCGGCUCCGCCACGAAGGGGAAAAGUCUCCUCCUAUGCACACCGUAGUAGGUGAAAAAUGGGAGUAGGGGGUGAAAAAAGCGCUCUAAUCCACUCCCUGAGGUCCAGUUAAGGGCAAGUUGUUAGAAAGCAAAAUCCAUAGGCAGCCAGGUUUGAAGGUGUGCGUGUAUCAGAGCCGCCUGAAACCCGGACAUACUUUUGCUUUUGAUAUUUACAGAACACCCCUUUCUGAUCAAGGGUAGCCUCAGAUGAUCUCAGAAAGGGGCAGAAGAAGACUGUGAUGGCUCACCAGUCCUCCUCUUGGAUCUUUAUCAAUGAAAGGACAUUCAUUACUGGGGAACAACUUAAUUCUUUACUGAAGACCUAUAACAUCUUUUAUAGGAACCAGAAAAAUCUGCAUAUUUUAUAUGGACAGACUGAAGAUGGUAACCUAAUUGUUGAAGGAAUGUUGGACAUUUUCUGGGGAGUAAAACGGCCUAUCCAACUGAAAAUACAAGAUGAGAAACAAAUCCCUUCUUUCGGUGUGCUGGAGUCACCAGAAGCUUUUUCCAAAAGGGGAAUGACACGCUGGGGAGAAUUUGAUGAUCUUUAUCGCAUUAGUGACUUGGACAGGGAUCAGAUUCCAGCGUCUGGAGGAACAGGUUCCCAGGAAGACUAUUUAUCUUAUCACAGUAGCACUCUGAAGCCUCAUGCAAACAAAGAGCCUGAAUCCCCAUUCCUCUACAGAACUAUGAGUGAAGCAACCCUGGUGAGGAAAAGGAUGAAGCCUCCGAUGAUGGACAGAAAAGACAGACAGAAGCAUAGGGCCUCUAUUAAUGGACACUUUUAUAACCAUGAAACGUCAAUUUUCACUCCAGCUUUUGGAUCAGAAACUAAGGUCAGAGUAAAUAGUAAUAUGAGCACUGAAGAAGUCAUAAAGCAAAUUCUCCAAAAAUUUAAGAUUGAAAAUAGUGCCCAGGAUUUUGCACUUUACAUUAUUUUUGCAACAGGAGAGCAGAAACGGCUAAAUAAGACAGACAUUCCGCUGCUGCAUAGACUCCUACAGGGACCGUCCAAAAUGAAUGCUCGUAUUUUCCUCAUGGAUAAAGACGCAGAAGAAAUUAGCAGUGAUGUGGCUCAGUAUAUCAACUUUCAUUUUUCUCUCCUGGAAUCUAUCCUUCAAAGAUUAAAUGAAGAAGAGAAAAGAGAGAUUCAAAGAACAGUAGCAAAAUUCAGUGCAGAAAAGGCAAUCAUAUUGAAAUAUCUUCGAAAUAAACGGGUAAUAAAAACAGAGACAACAGUUUAGCAGUACAGGUCACCAUUGCUAAGACACUUGAACAAAAUUGGGUUUUAGUACUAUUUCAGUGCAUAAAUUCUAUACUUGCAUUUUUUAAAAAAGUAUGUGAACUUGAAUCUAUAGGAAAUUGAAUGUAAGGCCUGUUUCUCUCUGAAGUGAAGAGGUUAGGUAGGAUUCACAGUUGGACUGAAAGAAACUUGAAUUUAGUUUCAGUAACUAAAAUAAGCUUGGAUACUAUGUAUUCCAAAUAGGUUUUAGAGUAAAACACUCAGUGAACUUGAAUUUACAUGGUAUCUUCAGAUACCAUGUGGCUUAAGCAUAUUUAACUUCAACUGUCAAGAGAACUAUCAUCAACUAGCUCUCAGAAAUGAUUCAGAAGUAAUAGCUUCCAGCUCUUGAAAUAAAAUAUCAGCACAUUAUUAUCCCACCAAGAAAUCUGAUGGUGAUGGUAUUUCACAGUUCCUUAAACUCUAGCCUUUUCAUAAAACCUAGGAGUGUCUUUCAGUCCUUCGAGCUAUCUAUAACAUCAGAGCUACCUGUCCUUUGGGACAGAAAACAUUAUGGACUCUGUUAAGAAAUCCAGAUCAUAAUUCUCUCAACCUGAGCCCUUCUUUUUUCCCCUCUCUGUUCUACUGAUGAAUGUCAAAAGUGUUCUUAAGAUUUUUCUUAAGUCAAUUGAACUAAUUUUCUUUAUUUUUCCAAGCAAACAUAUCAUAGAGAUUUAAGGUAUUUCAUCAGCUAGGCUAAGACUUGACCCAUGAUAACCAUUUGUUGCUGAAUGAAUACAGAAGAUAAUGCGAAGCUGUGGGAUCUGAAGUUGGGCAGGAAAUCUGGAGCUCUGAUCUUUUUCUCCAGAAUAACUCAUUUACAAGACAGGGCUCAGGGUCCUUCAAGUCCACUUCACCAGUCUGAAAAAGCAUUGAGAAUGCCACAAGCAUCACCUGUGAUUUUACUUAUGAACUCUGUAUUAAAACCGAGAUUUAUGCAGCUUUUUUCCAUUCUAUUUCUACUUGCAUUCCUCAUAAGCGUGGGACUCAAUGGACUCACUGACUCAAUGGACAUGAAUUUGAGUAAACUCCAGGAGUUGGUGAUGGACAGGGAGGCCUGGCAUGCUGGAGUCCAUGGGGUUGCAAACAGUCGGACAUGACUGAGUGACUGAACUGAACUGAAUAAGCAUUGGAUUAAAUUGAUUGUAUUACACAUACUAUAAGAUAAGGUUGAGUGUAGUAAAUCCAGUUGGAAGAUCAGUUAUCAAAAUAUGAAACAUGUUUAAGACAAAAGUAUUACUUCCCAGUGUCACCAGAUCCCAAACUGGACGAAAGUAAAAGUGUGCUAUGAACUUUUGAGUCCUAGGAAAUCUCCUUUAUUGAAUAAGAUAGUGGCUUGCAAAAAAAAAAAAAAAAAAGAUAGUGGCUUGCAUCUUUAUCCUUUUAUCUGUGAGUUAAUAAGAAAGUCUCAACUCACUAAAAUAAAGCAAAUGUAGUGGUUAAAGCUCAGUAUACUUAUUUAAAGUAGUCUCAAGUACCUGCCAUAAACAUGACAAAAGAUCCAUCUUUAAUAUCUUGAAAGUCUACAAAAUGGAAAAAAAAAAUAACAAGUAAGACACAUGGGUUGAAAAGUAAAAUUGCAGAAGAGAAAAUGCAAAUAGCUACUAAGUGUGUGGGAAAAGUUGUAUCUUAAUAGUGAUCUGUGGUAUUAGUCUGUGUCUGAGGAGGAGACAGAAACCACACAGUCAUUUAAAUGGGGGUUAUAAUUUCAUAUAAAGAACUAUUUAGCUGUGAUAAUAGGAAAGUAACUAUAAAAAUGGAAAGGGAACUCUAAAAGGUACCCUAGUCUGAGGAAGAAUACCCAGCUAAGGAGAAGCUUGGAGGAAGGAGUUGAAAUGCACUGAAGAAGGUGUGGCUGCAGCCCAUCGCAUAGAGGAAACGUGCUCUGCUCCCAGGACUCAGCCGGGCCACAGCCAUAGGAUAAGCAGGAGCAACCCUCUGGAGUGUGGAGCUAGUGGGCAAGUGAGCGCAGGGGCUUCUCUGUGGGCACAAGGCCAGAUCACACAGUGUCGGCGUCUGGAGGGGUGCAGGAGACAGAGUCUGGGGCCCAGGUAGGCUGAGGCUGAGGGGUGGGCACCCCGAUGAAGCCAGGGGCGCUGCCGCCAGUGCUGCUGGGACUGUGAGCUGCGGGAACCAUCUCCGCAGGAACCUAGUACAUCUCUAUGCAUGCCGUGGGCUGUGGCAUCUUUGAGGCUGCGUGGGACAGAGAUGGGGCAAGUGGCUUACUGGGUGGUCAGCCCCACAGAGCACUCUCUGGGAGCGAGCACCAAGGUGAAAAGGUGUGGAGAGGCAUGAUCUGCGUUAGAGCCCAGGACUGUCAGGGGCUCCAGGCUGUGCCACCGCAAACCAAAUCAAGAGCUACAAAACGGGUUGCGGGAGCAAAUGCUAAAGGAAGCUGCACCCACAGGCAACUAGCGCUGAAGAAACCAUUCUGGGAGGAGCCCCGGAGGAAGAAAGUCAGCUUCCCGGGAACCUGGCAUGCCAGCCCCUACGAAUCAGGAAAGACCUGCCUCCUCCUACUGUGCUUCUCCAGCGCCCUCUACUGGCGAAGCAUGAUAUCGUGUAGGCUGCAAAGGAAGCGUAUUUCCAUGCUCUCUCCUGCGGCAGCUGGGGCCCCAGUAAAGCCUAGCCUGAAAAUAAAUAAUGGUUUCCACGUCCAGUUUCACAGAGCCAACAACAAAAAGUGAAUUUGUAGCAGAGAGGCAAUAAAAUAACUGGUAUGUCAACAAAAUGCAAAGAAAGUGAAAUUGGUCUAUUAAAAAGAUGAAAAAAGAUAAUAUUAAAUACUCAACAAAUUACAGUGAGAUGUACUGUACUCGGUACUUAGACUGCUGGCUCAGUGGCAAAAAAUCUGUCUGCUAAUGCAGGACACCUGGGUUUGAUCUUUGGGUUGGGAAUAUCCCCUGGAGAAGGAAAUAGCAACCCACUCCAGUAUUCUUGCCUGGGAAAUUCCAUGGACAGAGGAACCUGGUGGGCUACAGUCCAUGGGGUCAUAAAAAGAGUCAGACAUGACUUAGCGACUAAACAACAAAAGAGAAAUAAAUGAAUAUAACUUUCCUUGAGAGCAAAUUUAGUAGUAAGUUCACCCUAUAAUUUUACUUGUAGGGUAAAAUUACUUACUUAUACUUACGUAAACUUACUUAUAUAUACUUACGUAUAAGUAAAAUUACUUAUACGAAAAUAAUCAGAUGUACAAAGACACUAUGUAAAGAUGACUGUUAUUUAUUGUGAUAAAAGGAAGUAAAUAGCCUAAUGUUCAAAAAUAGAAAAAAAGAUUAAAGAAGGAAAAACAUUUACCCAUAGAAUGUAAUGCAGCUCUUAGAAUUAUUUUCUAAUAAAUUUUAAUUAUAAGAGUAAAUUCUCCUUAUGUUAAGAUAAGAAUAUAGAUACAAAUAUCCAAAAGUGUGCUAUCUAUAAGAUAAUAUAGAUGUUUUUAUAUGAAUAUAUACUAUUAUUGUAUAUAUACAUGUAUGUAUGUAGUAUAUAUACUACAAACCAAAAGCAUGUUAAAUGUGGUUGUAUCUGGUUUGUAGAAUAAGGUAUGGGUGAUUCAUAUUUUUCAUAUUUGUUUAUCUUAUUAAAUAAUUUAUAAUGAACAUGUAUUACUUUUUAAACCAGGAAAUAGAAAAUGUAUGAUUAAAAAGUUACCAACAAAAAAGUAGCAAGUACAUGCAAUCACAGAGUUCUAUUAGAUGCAACAAAAGGCAAAUAAGCUAUUCAAGUGAGACAUUAACAUCACUGCAGUGGUAGUUUUGAAUAUGUCUGUGAAGGCUUUGAUACUCCGCCUUUCAGAGACUGAGUCUAAUCCUCCUCACCUUGCCAAUGGGAUGGACUUAGUGACCCACUUUUAAGGAGCAGAGGAGAGCACGGGUGCCAGCUGUCGCUCGGGGAGACUGGGUCAUAAAAGUCACUGCGGUGUCCUCCUUGCUUCUUCUCUUGGAUUGCUUGCUCUGGGGGUGCCAACUGCCACAUCCAGAGAAGCCCUGGGGAAAGGCCUAUGGCAGGAACCGAGUCCUUCUGCCAAAAGCCAGCGAGGAAUUGAGGCGUCCCCUCCACAGUCCACAGCCAUGUGAGUGGGCCAUCCACUCACCCCAGUCAAGCCUUCAGAUGACUGCAGCCCUGUCUAAGAGCUUGCCUACAACCUCAUGAGAGACCUGAGCCAAAACAAA